AUGGAAGCCUCGCGAGAGGAGCGGCAGCAAAUGCGGCAGCGUGGAGCUGGGACGCGCAAAGCAAAAGAAGUCGAUUUUGGGUUCUCGUUUGGUAGCCCAGCGCUGGGAUUAUCAGCGCCCGCGCCGAUUGCGACUGUCCCUGAAGCUCAGAAGCCACCGCGAACCCAGACCGCGCCGAACACAACACCACGAUCGUCCAAGGUAUCACAACCAAAAUCGCAAGCUCGAGGGAUUGAGCGCACACCGGGAAGUGCGCGCAAUAAGCUCCCAGAACGGCCCUCGACCUACGAAAUACCCUCCUCGGACGAUAGAGCUGAACAAACACGAAGCAACAAGAGAAGAAAGUUCAAUCCUACUAAUGUAACAGAAGAUACUCCUUCUCGUCGCAAUGGUGGGCGACCUGAGAAUAGCGAUACGCACCCCGUCGAUGACAGUGGAGGUAGCACAGACUCUCAAACAAGCCACAUCCAGGAACCUCCAAAUACAGAUGCACCUCCCCCAUCAGAAAUAAACAACAAUAAAUCCCCGCGGCCUCAAAUCUCACCCAUUCUGGAGACCACAGUCGAAGAUCAACACCCGAUAGAAGAGGGGGCCAAUGGCGUGGAACCAACAAAAUCAGCCGCUGAAGAGCAACAAGCCCAAGACACAUCACCACUGUCUGGCCAUACGGCGCCUACAGUAGCUGAAGAAUCGGGAGCGCCAAUUCCAUCACCUGAAGCUCAGUCCGGGGUCGAACAGCCUAAAAACACAGAGCAACUACGUGAGAAACGACGUAACACUCGGUCACCACCACGGCGUGAGGAGCAAAUCCAAAUAACCAAUAAGAGUCAACGGGUUACUACAGAAACUGCCUCUCCAGUUGCUCAGACAGAUAAAUCUACCAUAGAAGCCUUAUCACCACGUGGUAGCUCCGCCGAGGCUCUUAAAGCUAGCGGUGCGCCGACUAUUGAUAAUGAUGUCGACAUGACUGAGGAUGUUCCAGCAUCCAAGUAUGAUGCACCAGAACAAGGCAGUCAGACAUCUCAGGGGCCUUCUACAAAGACGAAGAAGGCUCGGGGUCGUUCGCGGCAUCAACCUACCACAAACAACACUCCAGAACCGAAUGCGGAAGCUGCUGCACAGGAACCUGCAGCCGAGGCGCAAGAUGAAUCCGCGACAGCCCCAGUUGGGGAAGCCCCAAAGACCAAACGGCCUCGUAGGAGACCCUCACUUAACAAGAAGACCAUUGAAGCUAUCGAGACUGAGAAGGUUUCACCUGAACCCAUACCAGAUGUUCCGGAGUCUUCUUCGGGGCCACAUCGGAGUCGUAAGCCAAUAUCACAAAAGGAUGACCAGCUAGAACCUGUGGUGGAAUCUGCAGUGCCCAAACCACAACGUGGCAGACCUGGGAAGAAAACAAAACAAGCAGUGGAGCCUGAACCCGAGCCCGAGCCUGUGGCAGCAAACCAAUCAGAAGCAGAGAUAGGAUCUGCGGCACCCAAGUCUCGUAAUAGACCUGGGAGGAAAGCGAAACGCGCAGCUGAAACUGACUCCGAACCCGAGCCUGAGCCUGCGGCAGCAGAUGAGCCAGAACCAGAGGCAGAAUCUGCGGUACCCAAGUCUCGUGGCAGACCCGGGAAAAAGACCAAACACGCAGCCGAACCUGAGCCCGAGCCCGAGAUUGAAUCUGCAGUAUCCAAGCCCCAGCGUGGCAGGACUGGAAAGCAAGCCAAUCGCGCGGUGCAGCCUGAGCCUGUCACAGAAGACCAGCUGGAGCCUGAAGCAGAAUCGGCAGCACUCAAGUCCCAGCGCGGCAGACCAGGGAAGAAGGCUAAGCCCGCAGUGGAGCCUGAGCCUGAACCCGAGACAGAAUAUCAACCCGAGCCUGAGCUUACACAAGAACAGCCUCGUCGCAAGAUUCGGGAGCCUCGUGGAGAAACCGUCCCGGUCACUGUUUAUCGUCUCGCAAAUAUCAAUUCUCUAGGUGGCACAACAUCUACAACCAACGGGUCUGGAGAUGAAGAAUCCGCCGAUGAACUCAGCACGCACCAGAAGGCCAAGAUACCCAACCGCGGCGGUGUCAACCCAGCUGAUGUAUUGAGCCAGAUCUGCCGCGAGACUCUGGAGAAAACACUCAAUACACUCAAGGAUGGGAUUUCGAACGAAGCGAAUGCUACACGACGCGCAGAGUGGUCGCGGAAGCGAAAAGCCGUUGAAGUAUUCGGCUCGGAGCUUGAGAGCCGUCUCAUGGACCUAAGCGGGAUCCUCGAUAGCAAUUUUGUGCUUGGCGUGCAAUUGAAGAAGACUAAGCGGGAGAUGAUGGAUCUACGGAAUCAUCUAUACCGGGUCCGUCGAGAACGCGAGAACAUAGCUUUGCAGAUGGAUGCAGUGCGCAGCAGACAUAUUGAAGAGGAGAAGGCCAAAUUGUCACGAUCCACGAUCAGCAAUUCCCUCCACAGCCUUGAAUUGGCCCUCGACCGCAACAAGCAACGUUCUGCUUCUACUGCGGAUUCUUCUAUGGAUAUUGAAUACAUGCUUCGCACUGUUGCCGACGUGAGUUCCCGAGCCCCUGGAGCACAAGGCGGUCUCUUGAACCAAAUCCGGGCGUUCAACGCACAGCUCGAAGCUACUGUUGGUCGCCUAGAGCGAUGA